CGUGACUAUAAUAUUAAUCUAUAACCACCGCUUGUCUCCAUUCGCCCAAUCAAGAUCGGAUUAAUAGGACGUAAAAUAUCAUUUCAUCCGGGAUAUUCGGAUAGAUCUGAGAUUCCUUGAUAUUUCAUUGGAUCAGAGUAGAACUAUUGAAUUCUAAAUCAAAGAAAAAGGUGGAAUAGAAAACGUUGGGAAGUUUUGAAGUUUAAAGAUUUAUGAAAUUGAAUGAUAAAAAAGUUUGAAAAAUGCAUCUAAUCACUGGAAUAUUAUUUUGUAUGUUUCUUCAGCUCGUCUUCACACAAAAACCCUGUGAUCCGAUAGAUGACGGACCAUAUCUAGGUACACAACCAACAUUAGAUAUGAGCAUUUACGAAGCUUCUCAAAGUGAUCUUGAUCGGAAUCCAGGCGGGUACCAAGCGGAGUUAAGGAUAUAUGGUAAGACAGGGGAGACAACUGCUGAUGGUAUAAUACUAGAGGUACAGGAUGACUUCCCCUUAACAGAUCCUAGAACAAUCCUAGAGUUUACCAAAGACCCCGCUACCAGUAAAAAUAUCAUCAAGUUGAUAAAACCAGUCGAUAGAGAUGGUCCAACAGAUAGUACAGAAGAUGGGAUACAGUUACUUCCCUUUACUUUAAAAUGUUCUUCAUCUACUGAUAAAACUGUCGUGAGAUAUUACGAUGUACGAGUGUUUAUAUUGGAUAUUAAUGACAACUACCCACAGUUUACCCAGUCUACUUACAAUAUAACAGUGAACGAGUUAACUCCAGUAGGAAGUGAGAUACUGAGAAUAUCAGCUACAGAUAAAGAUGAGAAUAUCCUGAACAAUAUGACGUAUAGUAUUAUAUCUCUACCAGGCUCUGUGAUGGAUGCUUCGAUGUAUUUUGAUAUUGAAGAAUAUACUGGUACCAUCACAGUCUCCCGAACACUCGAUUAUGAAAGUUUGGGGACAGACAGAAAAUAUUUUACAUUAACAGUCGAAGUACAGGACGGGGCUGGUAAAUCCAAUCAAACAUAUGUUACUAUAAAUAUAUUGGAUGGAGAUGAUCAAGGUGUAGCCUUUGUUUAUCCAGGCUGUUUAAGCCACAGGGGAGUGUGUGCCUGGCCUAAAUAUUCCUCCUUAGUGAGUCAGCUGAAAAUGAAUAAACAACUGAUGGUGUAUCCUGUUCCCAAUAAAAUAUCUAACUACACCCUAAUACAGGCCAGAGACCUGGACCUUUCACUUAAAUCCCGUAUACAGCUCUCUAUAGCUUCUACUAUACCACCCGGCUCAGAACAGAAGUUUAGAGUAGAAACUGUACCAAACCCCGUCACUGGUCUGUAUACAGCUUAUAUUACACCUAUACAACCAUUACCCACACUUCUUGAUGGAUUCGAGAUCUUCUUGAAGGCAGAAGAACAGACAGAUUUAAAAAGAUUCGAAAUGGCUAUGAUUUAUUUUAUUGACGAUACUAUAAAGAAACCAGAAGAAACAACUGAAAGUAGUCAAGUGAAUCCGGAAGUGAAACCGACAGACGAAGAAACAUCCGGGUACUCUCACGAGGUGACGGCACUAAUCGUGGCAGUGACUGUAGUUGCAGUGGUUUUACUCUGUACUAUUAUAGGUUUAUGUUAUUUUGUCAAAUAUUCUACCAUGUCAACCUCUAAAUACAAUUAUAACAUGCAAACGGUAGAAAUCGCAUUAAAUAAGGACACAAAUUUAUGGUAUAUUUCUCAUGAGUUUUAUUGUACCAUAGAAUGUCUACAUAUUUUCCGACAACAAUGA